CAUACCUUGCUUUGCAUAAUUUAUAUACUCACUUUCUUUUUUCUCUCAAGUUUCUCCUCUCCUUUAGCAAUUGCAUUCUCUCCUCCUCCUCCUCCUCCUCAUCUCUCUUCUUAGGUAAGGCUGGGAGGUUGAUGGAUAUUGAACCCUUGUGGACUCUUGGGGGGUGGUUUCUCUUAUUCAUCAAUUGCAUGGCUAAAACUGCACCAUCAUCAUCAUCAUCGGAGACCAGUACUAAAUCCAACACUCCUCUUCUUUUCCUCCUCCUCCUCCUCCUAGUCUUUGUUUUGCUCACUAUUAGUCCUAAAUCCAACCCCAUAAACCCUACCAAUUCCAACACUUUGCGGCGACGGCUUUUAUCUGAACAUCCAUCGGAGUCAUCAUCGCCUACCACUGCUUCAACAAUGAAAUUGCACCCAAAACACGAUGCUACAACUGCUCAGAAGUCACGUAGCAGAGAAUUUGGAGCCGCGGCUCAUGAGGUUCCAAGUGGUCCGAACCCUAUCUCAAACAGGUAAUUAAUAUGAUUACUAAUCAGCCAUUAACAUUGGGGAGGAAGCAUCGAUGGAUCGAUGUAUUAUUGUUAGCUGUUGUUGUUGUAAGGGUGAAGUUAUUAUGGUUUGUUAAGCAAUUAAUACUGCUCUUGUCCUCAGUGAGAGAGAGUAGAGGUUUGUUAUUUUUCAAUUUUGAUUUUGUCGUCAUCAUAUCAUAUAUCCAUCCUUAAUUAGCUUAAUUAUUAUUAGUUAUUAUUGUAUAGCAAUUAAGAGAAAUAUAUAUAUUAAUUAAUAUACUCUAUUAAUUUUCUA